GGUGACUUUCAGCGCUACACUCACGACUGGUGGAUUGGACGAGUUGUCGCAGCAGAGACGACGAUCGGAUUCAUACCGACAGCACGGCGACUUGCACGAUUGACUGAGCAGCAAGAAGACGAGCCAGGAAAAUCUGUCGACAAGAACACGAUUGUAUCGGCAAUAGGAAAAAAGUUGCGAAGCGCAGUUUCGAGGCUCUGGCGGACAGAUAUCGGUGGACAAAGGUUCAAUCCAAAUAAGAAUAGAGGUUUUUCAGAUAUAAAUGAAAGAGAACUUCGCUUGAUUACGGCAAUGACCGAGGAUCUGCACUUGAUACUUCUCGAGUGUGCCAACAUAAGCACACCCGGCGAUGUCGCUCAAUUGAACAUGGCUCCGAUACUGUUUCUGUUUAGAAUUAGUAAUCGCAAGAUUCUGCUGAAGCUGUUGAAGAAGACCGGUAUCAAAGGUGGAAAUGCGAUUGCUGGUGCUGAUUUUCUUAACCAGUUAGCUCCCGAUCAGGUUGAUGUUAUUAUUGAAGACAAUGGACUUAACGAGGCUACGAAUAAGAUUUUUAAAUUCUUAGAGGCUUACUGGCUAGCUCUACACCCAACGACACCGAUUCUUGAGGACGAGUAUCUGGAACAACUUCCAGAAUCAUCUGGAGCUGGUGAUAAAUCCAACGAAGGAGAAAAAAGAACUUAG